UCAUGGAUUAUAUAUCAGACGAUGCCAUGUAAAAUAUGCCAAAAAAACCUUAAAAUGCUUAUAUGAUAUAGAGGUGAGGUUUACGAUGAAGUAAAAAAGAAAAAUUAAGAGAAAAGCAUGACUGAAUUAACUUAAGUUAUUUCCUAAAUGUGGAAUGAUUUAGAUAAAAAAAAAAAAGAGGUAAUAUUUAAUUUAAAUUUAGAAAUACGAAAAUGAAAAAGAAAAAGCUUAAAAUUAAUAUAAAAAAGAUUAUGAAGCUUGGCUUAAGAAAUAUAAAUUAGAUGAAGAAAAAGUUAAAACUUGCUUGAAGGAAUUAAAAUAAGAAAAGAAAAAACACAAAAAAGGAUCAAAAAAAGUCACUAAGGCUUCUAAAGAUGAUGAUGAAAGUGAAGAUGAAGAUGAAUAAAGAAUUUAAUAAAUUAAAAAUAAAAAUCAAAAAAAAGAUUAGAAAGAAAAAAAGGAAUAAAAAGAAUAAAAAGAAACUAAAGAAAAAGAAAAAUAAAAGCAAAAUCAGAAAGAAUAGAAAGGAAAUAAGAAAAAAUGA